CUGCUGACCCCGCCUCCCGUGGCGAGCCCCCUGGGUCACCCAGCCACGACGAAGCGGAGGAGGAGGAGGAGGAUUUGGCGGUCGAACUAGAUGCCGUAGGGCAGGGAAGGUACCUCCGCCCCCGCCUUAUAGCAAAUCGUUCAGCCUGGCAGCUUGGGCUCAUUCAGCUCCCGUGAAACUGUGAACAACAGCACAUCUAAACAACAUAAUCUGACAACCAAUCCAUUCAUCCAGCAUGUGGUAGUUAAGGGCCCAUUUCGCCUUUUGUCCCAUCGUUAGCACAUGGCUUUAUAAGAUGAAGUUAUGGCCAAACAUGGUAAAUCUGAUGUGCCUUAACACCACCUGAAGCUUCAGAUGACAAAACAGACACUUUUGCAUUUUCAGUGGAAAUGAUGUUGGCUCUGCCACCGUCAUCCCAACAGGCCUAGGUACAAUCGAUGAAGUUACGAUUAAUAGUCGGUCUUAUUUUGUUAAAUAUCUAUCUAAAUUGUGUUCAGUCAUUCAUUCGCGAAAGCAAUUCGAAGGAAAAUGUGACAUGAUAGGAUUGAAGUGAGGAAGUAUUGUAGUAUGUAUUUGUGGAUGAAGGACUGAAUCUGGAUACUGUCAACUGCAUUAAAUGUGCAGUCACAAAAGGUGUAGAGUGGAGGAACAGCACCAAGAUCAAGGAACAGCAACAAGGUCUGGAGAAGAUGCCAUUGCAGGCUCAGUUAAAGAUGCUCAAAUCAAGACAUGUCCUCCACAUACUGGAUUUAUUGGUGGACUUUGCUUUACAUGCGGGAAAAACCAAGACGAAGAAGAUUUUACAGGAGUCCCUUUUGGUUACAUCUCCGAGGGUUUGUGGCUAAGUACUUCAGAAAGGGACAGGCUACGUGGAUCUGAAGUGAAGAAUCUGUUGCGUGAAAGAAAACUGGUGCUUAUUUUAGAUUUGGAUCAUACAUUGAUUAAUUCAACCAGACUCCAUGAUAUUUCUGCUGCUGAGAUGGACCUAGGAAUUCAAUCUGCUGCAUCAAAAAAUGAUCCAAACAUAAGUUUGUUCACCUUACAAGGGAUGCACAUGCUUACAAAGUUGAGACCCUUUGUCCGUAAAUUUUUGGAAGAAGCAAGCAAUAUGUUUGAGAUGUAUAUCUACACCAUGGGUGUCAAGGCUUAUGCAAUCGAAAUAGCAAAGCUUCUUGACCCUGCCAAUGUCUAUUUUGAUUCAAAAGUGAUUUCUAACUCUGACUGCACUCAACAGCACCAGAAAGGUCUUGAUGUGGUUCCUGGAGCUGACAGUCUUGCAGUGGUUCUUGAUGAUACUGAGUAUGUCUGGCAGAAGCAUAAAGAAAACCUGAUUCUGAUGGAGAGAUAUCAUUAUUUCGCUGCGAGCUGUCGCCGUAGCGGCCAAUCUUUGUCAGAGUUGAUGCAGGAUGAAAGGGAGAGCGAUGGUGCUCUGGCUACAAUUUUGGAUGUCCUGAAGCGCAUACACACGAUUUUCUUUGACUUGGGUGUUGAAACUGCUCUUUCUUCUCGAGACGUAAGACCGGUAAUCAAGAGGGUGAGGCAGGAAGUACUGCAGGGCUGCAAACUGGUUUUCAGUCGAGUGUUCCCGUCCGAUUGCCGGCCGCAGCAUCAGAUAAUGUGGAAGAUGGCCGAGCAGCUGGGCGCCGUUUGCUGCUCGGAGGUGGAUCCCAGCGUUACGCAUGUGGUCGCCGUGCAUGCCGGAACGGAGAAGGCCCGCUGGGCUGUCAAACACAAGAAGUUUUUGCUCCACCCCCGCUGGAUCGAGGCCUGCAAUUAUCGUUGGCACCGCCAGCCGGAGGAAGAUUUCCCUGUACCUGGCCUCAAGGAGGGCAAGGGCAAGGAAAAAGUUGCAGAGAAUGCCCACCUGUAACUGAGUAUAACUGACUCAUCUAGUGUUCGUGUACUAUCAUGAUUGAAGAUGAAUAGAUUGAAAGUUUUUUGUAAAAAAAAAAGAGAGGUCUUGUUUAACUACAAGUUCGUAGCUGUGUUCUUGACAUAGACGGUUGGUCUGUAGCCACGCAAGUACAUAUCUAUCUUGGGUUAUUACUCUCGCGGAAUUAGGAAGUUAUUUUAAUACA